AUGGCAGAAGAAUUUCUUGACACGCACUUCGGACAGAACAACCGGUUACCGAAUGAAGAACCACACACUUUAAUAACUGAAGGUUUGCUAGACAAAACAUCCUGGUACAGAAUACUAGCUUCGAAGAAGAAAACAUCCGCUCCAGGUGAAGACAACCUCUCCUACGAGUUACUGGCUUUUCUGAACCCCGCGGUUACCGAAAAAAUAAUAUUCCUCAUCAACGACAUGUGGAGAAAAGGAGCCCUGGAAGAAACUUUGAAGGUGAUCAAAGUCAUUGCUAUACCUAAACCUGGACGUGACCAGAGCACCGUUGCAGGAGAGUUUGCCGAAAUCGCCAGGACCCUUAAUUUCACAAUCAACCCAGAAAAAACAAAAACUAUUCUUUUCCAACAUGGCAAUAAACAGCUCAACAUAUCCCUCAAUGGUGCUUUGUUGGAAUCCGUAAGAUCUCAUAAGUAUCUGGGUAUAAUUUUCGAUCGUCAUCUUAGUUUUGGAAUACACAUUAAGGAGGUCCGAUCGAAGGUUCAAGAACGUUUAAAUAUGGUCAAGGUUCUAAAUGGGGCAAAACAUGGUGCCCACCCUGAAUCGAUGAUCAAAAUAUAUAAGGGACUCUUCCGGAGCAAAAUGGAUUACGGCAGCUCAGUGUACAAUAAUUCCAGCAAAACCAAUCGCAACAUUUUAUCAGUACUAAACAAUCAAUGCCUACGAAAGGUGACGGGAGCCACGAAAAGCACACCGAGGAACACGCUAGUGGCCCUAAGUGGGCAGCACCCAGUGGACUUUAGGCACACGUACAUUGCUUCUAGAGAAAUAUGUCGACACAUGUCAAGAAACAACCUGAUUGCUCAUCAACUAAGAACAAUUCAAUUACCAGAGGAUGUUAGCAAAUGGCAUCAAUUCUCUUACCUGGAAAGAACAUACUGGCUUAACAAAGAAUUGUUCGAUCGCAUCCAAUCGAUAGAACGCCCCGGCAAUAUGCAAGGAGUCGAAAUAUUUCCAGAUCUGGAAGGUCUGACGGUUGCUAAACAGAAUUCGAAUCCCAUGAGGCUGAAACAACUAACACUCUUCGCCAUGAAUGGCAAGUACCGAGGCCGUGGUCGUAUUUUCACGGAUGCUUCCAAGGAAGGUAACGUUUGCGGCAUAGGAGUCUUCGUAGAGCAAAUGAGAUUACGCUUAUCACUAAGGCUCGAGAAGGAAACCAGCAUCACAUCUGCGGAGCUGAUAGCUAUCUACAAAGCAACGGAAAUAGUUGAACAGCAGUGUCUCGAAAGACCCGUCAUCUACACCGAUUCGCAAGCAUCGUGCACGAUGCUUCUCAAUGCACAAGAAUCCUGUGAAGCAGAAAGUAUCUUAGCGAAAAUUCUUCGAAGCUGCUCUCAUCAUGGAAUAACUAUCCAAUGGAUACCCAGUCACGUAUCCAUUGGCGGAAACGAUACAGCAGACGCAUUAGCAAAACACGGGCUACAGUCGGAGCAGAUAAUUGAGAACACGUACCUUCUAUCAGACGGAUUCAACGCACUGAAGAAAUCGCUAGCUGAAAACACAACAGAUUGGUACAAACAUUAUUCGACAGAAAAAGGGAAAACUUUUUACUACAUACAACCGGAAUUUUCCACAGUACCAUGGUUCGUAGGAAAGAACCUAAAAGGAAGAGAUGUUCGACUCCUGAACCGUUUGAUGGCUGGUCAUGACUUUUCCAAAUAUUGGCUAGCCAAAAUGAAAAUAAAAGAUGAUGCUGACUGCGAGCUAUGCAAGGAACCUGAAACAGCGAAUCACAUAAUUCUCACCUGUCCACGCUUUGCCUUAACGAGAUUACAAUACGAUUUCAACGGCAAGUACACAAAUUUGAAGGAACUAUUUAAAGAAAAAAACCUAACGCACUACGAAGAGGUAGCCAAAUGCACUAGCGAAAUCAAAAUUGAUUUAUAA